AACUAUGGCAGGACAUACCAAUGGAAGAACAGAUGAGGUAAAUAACAGAGGGCUGGAUAACUCUGAGGAAACAGACAAGAAAGAGUUUUACCAUCUCCACGGCAGAAUAUGGAGGUCUCUCUAUGGGCUGUACCCAUACAAGUCAAGCAUGAUCGGUCUAGAGUCACUGGCAGAUCCAUCUGCUGAAUGGGACAUCAUGGAAACCAUUGGAAAAGGGACCUAUGGCAAAGUCUACAAAGUCAUCAACAAGAAAGAUGGAAGUCAAGCAGCUGUCAAAGUUCUGGAUCCCAUUAAUAAUCCCAGUCACACUAACAGAGAUGUGGAUGAGGAGAUUGAGGCAGAGUACAACAUCCUGCGCUCGCUGACCAACCAUCCCAAUGUGGUCAAGUUCUUUGGCAUGUUCUACAAAGCAGACGAGCUCUCAGGAGGACAGCUGUGGCUUGUUCUGGAGUUGUGUAAUGGAGGUUCAGUUACUGACCUGAUAAAGGGAUUGCUGAUGAGGGGAAAACGUCUGGAGGAGCCCAUCAUCUCCUUCAUCCUGUAUGGAGCGCUUCUGGGUCUCCAGCAUCUCCACAACAACAGAAUCAUCCACCGUGAUGUGAAGGGCAACAACAUCCUCCUCACCACAGAUGGUGGAGUCAAACUUGUGGACUUUGGUGUCUCAGCUCAGCUGACGAGCGCCCGUCUGCGCAGAAACACAUCUGUUGGAACCCCGUUCUGGAUGGCUCCUGAGGUGAUAGCUUGUGAACAGCAGUAUGAUUACUCAUAUGACGCCCGCUGUGAUGUCUGGUCUCUGGGCAUCACUGCCAUUGAGCUGGCAGAUGGAGACCCACCCCUGGCGGAGAUGCACCCGGUCAAAGCGCUCUUCAAAAUACCACGGAACCCUUCUCCUACACUUCGUCAGCCAGAUCAGUGGUGCAGAAGUUUCAGUCACUUCAUUACUCAGUGUUUAAUAAAGGACUUUGAGACACGUCCAUCGGUGACUCAUCUGUUAGAGCAUCCGUUCAUUAAACAGGCACAUGGGAAGGACACAUCUCUCAGUCAGCAGCUGUCAGUGCUCAUUCGUGAGCAACAAGACGUGAGCAGCAGCAAUAAGACCAGGCAUGAGCGGAUCAAUACUCGAAAAACACUGAUAAUUGAGAGCUGUCCUGAUGACGAUCUGGUGAAUCUGGAGGUUUUAGUUGAGGUCAGAUAUGAAUAUUUACAAGAUAUAACUGGAAUUAAAGGAACAGUUCAACCAAAAGUUUAUAAAUUUACUCACCAUCAUGUCGUUCCAAACCCUCAUGACUUUCUUUCUUCCGUGGACACCCAAGAGUGGAAAUUUGGACGAAUGUUCACACUACUCUUUUUUUAUACAUUGAAAGCAGAUUUGCUUAACCAUCUUAAAUUUGGUUUUCUUUUUGGAGCUUGACAACCCUUGAUUAAUGUUUGCUUUUCUUGCAUGGGAAAG